UUCCUUCAACUCAUUUAUAUAGCUUGAAAAGAAUACUCAUGCACAUGCGAAUUGUUUUGUAUAAUCGCUAUCUCGUUUUUAUUUUCUUUACGCCGCAGAAAAACGUUUUGUCAUCUCUGGGACAAGCUAACAACACCAGUUAGCAUUUGCUAACUAGCAAUUUUGCAUUAAACUGCUGCAACGACAUUCCACGUCUGCAGUUGAUCUAGUGAUUAGAAACACGAUAAGCCAACUGAAAUUGUGUUUAAGACUGGUCUGUUUGAUAACUUUGUGUGUUUUGUCAGGAAUGGCAGACGAGGUUCUGUUUGAAUUUCUCCAUAUGGAGAUCGUGUCACAUGUAUACAAAGAACAGCAAUCCAGUAAAGGGGAGAUGGACAGUAAGGAAAGGACUAUGUGUGUUUCUGUCCUGGAAAGUAUGGGCUUCAGGGUGGGACAAGGACUCAUUGAGAGAUUGACGAGGGACUCUCCCAGCUUUAAAGAUGAAUUGGAUAUAAUGAAGUUCAUUUGUAAAGACUUCUGGACAAAAGUGUUCAGGAGGCAGGUUGACAACCUCAGGACCAACCAUCAGGGUACAUACGUUCUUCAGGACAACAAGUUUGUUUUGCUGACUCAGCUUUCCAGUGGAAAACAGUAUCUGGACCAGGCUCCGAAGUAUCUGGCCUUUUCGUGUGGUGUAGUGAGAGGAGCUCUGUCUAAUCUCGGUCUAGAGAGUGUGGUGACAGCAGAGGUCUCAGUCAUGCCAUCAUGUAAGUUCCAGGUGGUGAUCCAGAAGCUGUGACCUGUUUUCAUUGUGCCAAUGAGAAAGAUAAUCCCAUGCAGCUCCUGUCAUUUCUGCCAAGCUGUGUGAUCACAGUGGAAGUCAAACACCUCAAUGAUUUUUUUUUUUUUUUCCCCUACUGGGACAAACUGGACUAGCUCAGUUCUGCUGACAACCAGACAGGACUAAACCAGAUUAGCCAGGGAUACUACAGAACAAGAUGUUUUAUUGUUUCUAUUGUUUUAUAGUCUAGGCUUUGUUCCAAAAAACAAUUUUACAAUGACGUUUUCAAACUUAGUUUAAUGUAAGUUGACUCUAGCUUUGAAUGACCCCACUUAGCCAAGCUGUGAACAACAAUGCUGACUGUCAAUGGCUGUGAAUGUGUUGUGUAUUACAAGGUAUCUUAAUGUUCUUUGUGAUGUAUUGCAGUGUUUUGUGAUUCAGAGUGAUGAGUAGAAUCAAAUAGAAACAAGAUGCUGUUUGUGAGAGCUGAUAGAAACCUUUGGCCUUAUCAGCUCUCGUACCACAAUUAGCAUCUUCAAUAAUAACCUAAUAGCUGUUAUUCAGCAGCCACAAAGAGGAGGUUCAACAACAGUGUGUUGAUCUUCCUCGUUUCAGACUGCCUUUGGAGCUGAAUGGCUCCUGUGCGGCACUGGUAGUUUUAAUUUGAGUCGAUUUUAUAAUAUGAUGCAAAUCUAGGUCAUUUGACUUGUUUGUUUUUUGUUUAACAACUGAUGAUAAGUCAUGGUGGACAUCAUCUUUUUCCCUAAAGUGAUGCCACACUUCAGAGUUAACCACUAAAACUAGUUUUACAGGUCAUUGUUAUUAAUAUUAUUUUUUAUUAGAAAUGAUGUACAUUUGUGUCCUUUGUAUAGGAUUAGCUGUGUAAAUAUACCAUAUUGUGAGAUUCUUUAGACCAACUUUAAAUUUCCUGAUAAGCUGCAAAUAUAUUAGUUUGUGUGAGUUAGUAGGUCUUUUGACUUGCUUUGGACAACAAUCACCUCAGAUUCAGAUCUGUUCCUGAAUGUGUGAGGCUUUUUUUUUUUUUUUUUUUUUAUUAAACCUUUAUUUAACCAGAUAGAGUUCCACUGAGAUUGAGAUCGAGAUCUCUUUUACAAGGGUGACCUGGCCAAGAGGUCAGCAGCUCACGCCAUGAAAGAAAACAGGUUUUACAUACAGGUAAUAAGAAUAAAUAAUAAUAAUUAAAAAAAAAACAAAACAGUAAUAUAGUAAUAACAGAAAAGUUAGACAGUUUUUUUAAAGUGCAAAAUUUAGUUGAGGUCACAGCAAUUUAAAAACUCAGGCACUGUCCAGUUGAUUCGCUGUUUUGUCCGUAAGACGGAGCAAAAAGCUUGGAAUGACAUGAGGUCUGGUAUUUUCAGCUCCAUAAGUGUGUUCCAGGCAGAGGGGGCAGCAGUUCAGUCCUAACUGUGGGUACAUUCAAAUAACACAGAUCACAAGACCAUAAAGAAUAUUGACUAGUUGAUCUUUCUACAUAUGAAAUGGUACUUGUUAUGUAUUUAUUUAAUGUUUCUUAACAAAGCAGAUGAAAGACUAAACUUUUGACAAAAAUAGCAUGAAAAUAAGGAAAAGUCAAAGAAAUCAAAAUGGAAGGUUAGACAAAAAUGUAUGGGGUUGCUGCAAAGUAUGUCAUCCUGUCUGUGUCUUAUUCACACCUUUUGUAGAUGCUGUUGCCUAUUUGUGCCACUAGAGGGAACCAUGAAUCUGUCAUUAAUGUCUGAUCUGUCUUCAACAAAUACCAUUUGCCAAAUUAUUCUCUGUUUGGCUUUGCCAUUUCAGUUUUGCUUUCUCUAUUUUUAUUGUAUGACUUUGUAUGGGAGAAAGGUUAACCCAUCAUUGAGAAUACCUGUAUGUACAGUGCCACGAAAAGUUUGGAAAAUUGCAUUUUCAGGAGGAUUUUUUCCUUCUAAGUACAACCUCACCUUUUCACAUUACUAGCAUGACUUACCUGAUUUCCAUGAUGAUGUAAACAUCAAAGUGCACACUGAAGAGACUGUUUUUGUGUAAAUGGAUGUGCCACCUUUCUUAUUUGUUACCAUUAUUCCUUGCAAGUGCAGCACAUUUAACAGUGCGCACUAACAGUCAUCUCCCGUCAUCCCUGCUUAAGUUAUUAAUAUUUCUUUCAUGUUUUUGAUCCAUAUCAUGAGAUUGGUAUUAAGAGCUUGUACUGUAUGUGACUGUACUAAAGUAUAAAGUUCUGUCCUUUCAGGUUAAACUGAUAUUUACUUCAUUUUUAAAAGAACAUCUGUUAUUUUAGUUUCUUCUACAGUUUAAAUGUUCAAGAACUGACAUAGACUUACACAGCCAGCUCUAUCUCUACGCUUUAAAGUCCUCACUCCUAGUUUUGCUAAGUCACUGUUGACAGUUAAGGAAAUAUGGUGCUUACCUGUUUUUUUUGUUUUUUUUGUUUUUUUUUUAAUCUUUUGUAAAAUGGCAUCCCAUAUUCAUUUCAGCAUUUCACUGCCUUCCAUUUUACAGAAUAAACUUCUUGACAUAUCUUC